AUGUUGCGAAUUCAAGUCGAAAAGGCAAUAAAUCUUAAAAAUGUGGAGUUAAUAGGAAAAAGUGACCCAUAUUGUAAAAUCCAAUUCAGAGGUGAAAAGAAAAGUACCAAACACAUUAAUGAUAAUCUAAAUCCUGAGUGGAAUGAGAGUCUUGAAUUUGAUUUGAAAAAUGAAGCUCUGAUACCAAAUGAUGAAUUAGAUGUCAGAGUAUUUGACCACGAUGACGUUUCCGUUGACAAAUUUAUGGGAAAAGUAAUGAUACCCUUGGGUUCCCUUAUCGCUGGUGAAAAGGAGAAGAAGGAAACACUUACUCUGAACGAUAAGAACGGCCGACCAACACAGCAAAGUAUCCAAUUAGUCAUUUUCUAUCAACCACCGGAAGCACAAGGCCAAGGUUCAGGUGUCAAUAGUGGCGCUGCAACAGGUGAAUCUGGAGCUGUUAACGCUGAAAAUGUAGGAAGUGAUACAGACAGUGGAAUUUCCAGUGAUGGACAAGGUGGAGGGGUUAUCAGUGGUUCGAAGAAAAAAGGAGCCUCCGACCUCCUUUCUGCUAUUGAUAAAUCCUACUCCACCAAAGUUCAGGAUUUCCAGGUUCGAGUCCGAAUUCAAGAGGCCCGACAGUUGCCAGGUGGAAACAUAUCUCCCCUUUGUAAGGUGCAAUGUUGGAAUCAAACGCAGAUAACUAGCGCUAGACAUUCUACAGCAUCUCCUUACUGGGGGAGAACGUUCUUCUUUAAUUUUCACAAAUCUCCAGCCGAACUCUUUCAAAACAAUAUUGUCUUUGGCGUCUAUAAUUCCCGAAAACUCCGUUCAGAUGCUUUCAUAGGUAGCUUUGAGCUUAGUUUGGCUGCUGUCUAUGAGAGCCCUAACCAUGCCAUCCUGCACAAAUGGCUUCUUCUUGGUGAACCCGAGGAUCCACAAGCUGGUUCUAAGGGUUAUUUGAAGAUGUCCAUUGUCAUUCUGGGUCCUGGUGACGAAUCGCCUGAUCUUACGCAAAAAGAAGAAAAAGAUGAUGAGGACAUUGAAGCGAAUAUCCUACGACCUGCUGGCUUACAGCUUCGACCUGCCCUUUUUCGCUUUAUGCUCUUUACUGGUGAAGACUUCCCUCAAAUGGACAGCAAUGCCUUUUCUGGAGUGAAAAAAUUCUUCGGUACUGAGAAAGGCGACAAAGAAUUCGUCGACCCUUAUGCUGUUGUGAAGUUUGCCGGAAAAGAGGUUAGAUCGGCGACCAAGGAAGGUACUGACCAUCCAGAAUGGUAUCAGGAAUUGAAACUCGGUGUACAGUUCCCCUCUAUGGCUGAUCGACUAGCUAUUACCGUCUACGAUUGGGAUCGUUUGAGCAAGAAUGACGCCAUCGCUACAGAAUUCCUGAAACUUAGCGACAUUUCGGCUUUACGGGAUGGUGAUGAGGGCUUUUUACCAACAUUUGGUCCAUCAUUCAUCAACUUCUAUGGCUCUACUCGUGAAUUCUCGGACAUGCCAGAUAAGUACAAGGGUUUGAAUUUAGCUAAAGGCGAAGGUUGUGCCUACAGAGGCCGUGUCUUCUGUGAACUUCAGACUGAACUCUUAGACGAAAUGCCGCAAAGUGGAGUUGCUCCAAUCGCAGAAGAUUUCAAAGUUACACUCGCUAAAUUCAUGAGACGUCGAAAAUAUGUCCUGCACGCAGCUUUCUUUCAGGCAAACAUGAUCAGUAUUGACGAUGCACCAAUUGAAUUUGAAGUCAGUAUUGGUAAUUAUGGUAACAAUCUUGACGAAUCUGUCCCACCAUGCUCAUCUACCACACCUCCAACCAAUGCGGUUUUUGACGGUUGCUAUUACAAUUUCCUUCCUUGGGGUAAUAUUAAACCCUGCACUGUGGUUGAAUGCCAGUGGGAAGAUAUCUCCUAUCGUCUUUUUGCAAUCAAUAUGAUCAAUCGUAUUAUUGACAGAUUAGAAUUUGGAAUCGAAAAUAUCGAAGUGAGCAUGAAGGCCAAUAUUGAUGAGACGGAUUUGGCUAGUACCAUCAUUAGUACUUUGGAUCAGUUCAUCAUAGACUGCCAGACCCCAUUGCCAGAGUGGAAGGAAGGAUGCAUCCCAAUGAACAAUUUGGAUAUAAAAAUGAUGAAAUUACGUAAUGGCGAGUUGAACGAACUUAUCAAAGAGGCUACAAAACUUCGUGAAGAGGCUACUAGUGCUGAAGGUGUUCUCAAGGAACUGAAGGAGUAUGCUCAUACUCUACGCAAUAUUUUCAAAGAGCCACAAAACAGUAUGCCAGAUGUUGUUAUAUGGAUGAUGGCGUCAGAGAAACGAAUUGGCUAUUUCCGAAUUCCUGCAUAUGACAUUCUGUACUCUGAAAAUCGUAUGUACCGUGGUCGCUAUUGUGGUUUGGUUAGGACCAUAAUGCUAAAGAUUCCAUCUUUGGACAAAGAUGAUCUGUCGGAGAAAUGGAAGGUUCCAGCUCAAGUUCGUGUGAGCCUAUGGCUUGGUUUGGAAAGGGAACAACAUGAUUGGGUCUCAAGAGAAGAUGAUGGCAUACAAAAAUUUGUGGCAGAAACGUAUGAAAACGAAGCUCAAAUCUUAGGCAAAUGGUCCUCUCGCCGGCCUCCUUUGACUAGACCCAACUUCACAGACUGUAAUGGACACAUUGAAACACCGAAAGAAAACUUCAUACCACCUCAGGGAUGGAAUUGGAAAGGAGAUUGGUACAUCAAUCAGGACUUUUCCCUCUUGUUUAAGAAAGAUACCGGGGCAACAACUUUCACAGAAACCGUGUUCUAUAACGAGAAGCGUACUCCAACUUCUGGUUGGGAAAAGGCACCACUUGCUUACACCGACGCGGGUGGUUAUGAAAAGCCGGGAGUGGAUGAAGUAGUACUUCCAACUGGAUGGUCGUGGGAAGAUGAUUCAUGGAAAAUUGACUAUAACCGACCUUGUGACGAAGAAGGUUGGGAGUAUGCUGUGGAUCAAUCCAUGGGCAAUUAUGUAGCAGCCGAAAAGAUCUACUACAUGAGUCGAAGACGCCGAUUAAUUCGUCGCCGAAAAGUUAGGGAUUCAACGAAAAAUGUCAAAGAAGAUAUUGUAGCCAAAAUGAUGGCCACGAAAAUGGAUGAAAAAUUGUCGUUACUUGGUUCUUUGACUCCAUCAGCAGGAGAAGGUUGGGAGUACUCCUUUAGCUUUGACAAGCGAUUCCAUACUCCCAAAAAGGGUACUGAUAAUGUGAGAAGACGACGUUGGCAUCGUGAAAUUGUGGCAGAAAAACCAGACAUGUUUAUUCCUGCACAAUUUCAGUUGCCACCGCUUAAAGAUGAGCAAUCUAACAUAACAAGCCCACGUGUGUACAUCCAAUAUGAAAAUAAACAAACAUGGCAACUCAAUGCCUACAUCUUCCAAGCACGUGGACUUCUUGCUGCCGAUCAGUCGGGUCUCUCCGACCCGUAUCUUCGAGUCUGUUUUGUUAAUCAAUCACAAAAGACGGAGCGUUUGAAUAAGACGCUUAGUCCAACUUGGGAUCAGACAUUGAUCUUUGAGAAUAUCGUCAUCUAUGGAAUUGCUGAAGCUGUUGUGGAUUCACCCCCACUUGUUACAAUUGAAAUUUUUGAUUGGGACCAGGUUGGAACCGAUAAUUUCCUUGGGCGGUGCACCGUUGUUCCUGAAGUAGUUACGGAGGAGUCGGAGUUCAAGAAGGUAAUGCUACAAUGGUAUCCUAUCAAGAAACAAAAUAGAGAUGGUGGAGAACUUCUGGCAGCUUUUGAACUGAUGCUGAUUGAUGGCAAUGCCCCACCUUCUGCACCAAAUAAAAAGCCAGGAACCGAGAUCUUUGAAGUCCCAGAAGGAAUUCGUCCCGAGUUGGAAAAGAUGGGUAUUGAAGUGCUCUGCUGGGGCGUCCGCAACAUGGAAAAAUAUCAGCUGGCUGCUGUUAAUUCACCUUCUGUUGAGAUCGAUAUCGGUGGCACAGCAGUAAUUUCAGAUGUUAUUGGCAACCUGAAACGUCAGCCUAACUUUAAGAAACACCUCAUGUACGUCGAGGUCUACCUUCCUAAGGAGGAACUCUACAUGCCACCGAUUAAUAUUGGAGUUCGAGAUAAUCGAGCUUUUGGCCGUAAACCCCUUGUUGGUAAUCAUGUGAUCACUGACUUCAACAAAUUUCGAGUCCCACCUUUGACGAAACCUUAUGAUCCAAUUGAGUCUAUACCUGAACUUGGAAGAGCCGGUUCUCCACCCCUUAUUCAAGAACAAGACUCAGAGAAGCCCUAUGAACCUGAACAUAAGGCCCUUAGUGUGUCAGAUUACUGGAUGCGACGCUCGGAACGUAGACGUAGUGGCGCCCCGAGACCUAGUGAAGAUCCCAACGAAUCUUUAGCCGCAUUACGAAUUCAAGAUGAAGAAAUGGAUUUAGCUCAUUUGGAUCCAAAUAUCGAUUGGUAUUCAAAAUACUAUGCUUCUAAAGGCGAGCUUAAUAAGUGCACUGACUAUAAGGGACGUGGAUACGAUGUCCUCAAGUUCCUCACACACCCUCUGGAGGAAAGUGAAGGCUUCUACGGAUUUGACGAUGUAACUUUGACAUUCAAGCUCUAUCGAGGAAAAUCGAAGGAUUCUGAAGAGGAUGAAGAAGAAAACUACGCUGGUGAUUUCAAAGGAACUUUUCGAAUUUAUAGCGUUCCUGAAGAUCCCAGUGCUCCGAAGCCACUUAGGUAUCUUGAUUGCAUAAGUCAUGACUCUGAUCCAGUGGAAUGCAUAAUUCGUGUAUAUGUUAUCAAAGGCAUUGAUCUUCAACCUAAUGAUCCCUCUGGUUUGGCCGAUCCCUACGUGGAAAUCCGUCUUGGAAAGCAAAAAGUUAACUCCAAGGACCAUUACAUUCCAAAUAGCCUGAAUCCUGAAUUUGGUCGGAUGUUCCAACUUAAGGCUUUUAUUCCGCUUGAAAAUUACUUGACCAUUAAAGUUAUGGAUUUCGAUUUGUUGACUCGUGACGAUCUUAUUGGUGAGACGGUGAUAGAUUUGGAGAAUCGUUUAUUGACACGAUUUCGUGCAACUUGUGGUAUUCCUCAAACCUACAAUUUGUCGGGUGUCAAUCAGUGGCGUGACAACCAGUUGCCAACUGAGAUUCUUGCAGAAUUCUGCAAGAAACAUAAACUACCAGAACCGAACUACAACGUUGAAGGCAGCGGCACUGUUACUUGUCAUAUUGGUGAACAUUUCUUCAAUAUUAAUGCCUUCGAGAAACACUUGGUUCCAAGUCCGCAUUGGGGACCUCCUAGAGAACGCCUUGCACUUCAUAUCCUGAAUGCUCUUCCUUUGGUCAAGGAACACGUGGAGACUAGAGUGCUUCAUAAUCCCGUCCAACCCGGACUGGAUCAGGGCAAAGUUGAACUCUGGGUUGAUAUAUUCCCAGUGGCAAAUGGCCAGCCUGGACCGUGCGUCGACAUCACUCCACGGCGUCCAUCGGAAUACGAGCUUCGUGUUGUUGUUUGGAAUACCUAUGAAGUUAAACUUGAUGAAACCUCAAUUACCGGCGAACGUAUGUCAGAUAUCUACGUUAAGGGUUGGCUUAUGGGAGUUGAUGAGCGCGAAAGCACUGAUGUCCAUUACCGCUCGUUGAACGGUGAAGGCAACUUCAAUUGGCGUCUAAUCUUCCCAUUCGGUUAUAUUCCAGCUGAAGGUGAAGUUGUGGUCAAAAAGAAGGAACACUUCUGGUCUCUUGAUACGACUGAAAAGAGAUUCCCAGGGGUUCUUUGUAUGCAGGUUUGGGAUAACGAUCUUUUCUCUCCCGAUGAUUACCUGGGUACACUUGAGUUGCCUUUGACACAUAUGCCACAACCAGUGAAGAAAGCUUCUGAUUGUACUCUGGAAGUCAUUAAUACUAACAGUCCAAAACAUAAAACCAUCAACCUGUUCGAGAGUAAACGUGCUGGUGGUUUCUGGCCUUUUGUUGAUCAAACUGGUCCUGAUGGUCAAUUGACGGGCAAAUUGGAGGCUGAAAUGGAACUUCUGACCAAACAGGAAGCACUGGAACGACCUGCUGGCAAAGGACAAGAUGAGCCCAAUUCUAAUCCUCACCUAGACAAACCAAAUCGUCCGCCAACCUCUUUCUUCUGGUUCACUUCGCCAUUUAAGACGUGCAAAUACAUUAUUUGCAAGAGAUUCAAGUGCAUUCUCAUUACGGUAGUUUGCGUCUUCCUUGCUGUCCUUCUGAUUGCUCUCUUCAUCUACGCUAUUCCUAAACUCUUGGCGAGAAAGAUGGUUGGAGUAUAA